AUGGAGCAGUAUACAGCAAACAGCAAUAGUUCGACAGAGCAGAUUGUUGUGCAGGCUGGACAGAUUCAGCAGCAGCAGCAGGGUGGUGUCACUGCUGUCCAGUUGCAGACUGAGGCCCAGGUGGCAUCCGCCUCAGGCCAGCAAGUCCAGACCCUCCAGGUAGUUCAGGGGCAACCAUUAAUGGUACAGGUCAGUGGAGGCCAAUUAAUCACAUCAACUGGUCAGCCCAUCAUGGUUCAAGCUGUCCCUGGUGGACAAGGUCAAACCAUCAUGCAAGUACCUGUGUCUGGGACUCAGGGUUUGCAGCAGAUACAGUUGGUCCCACCUGGACAGAUUCAGAUCCAGGGUGGGCAGGCUGUGCAGGUACAGGGCCAGCAGGGCCAGACCCAGCAGAUCAUCAUCCAGCAGCCCCAGACGGCAGUCACUGCUGGCCAGACCCAGACCCAGCAGCAGAUUGCUGUCCAGGGACAGCAAGUGGCACAGACUGCCGAAGGGCAGACUAUUGUCUAUCAGCCAGUGAACGCAGACGGCACCAUUCUACAGCAAGUUACAGUCCCUGUUUCAGGCAUGAUCACCAUCCCAGCAGCCAGUUUGGCAGGAGCACAGAUUGUUCAGACAGGAGCCAACACCAACACAACCAGCAGUGGGCAAGGGACUGUCACUGUGACACUACCAGUGGCAGGCAAUGUGGUCAAUUCAGGAGGGAUGGUCAUGAUGGUGCCUGGUGCUGGCUCUGUACCUGCUAUCCAAAGAAUCCCUCUCCCUGGGGCAGAGAUGCUCGAAGAAGAGCCUCUCUAUGUGAAUGCCAAACAGUACCACCGUAUAUUAAAGAGGAGGCAAGCCCGGGCUAAACUAGAGGCAGAAGGAAAAAUUCCAAAGGAAAGAAGGAAAUACCUGCAUGAGUCUCGGCACCGUCAUGCCAUGGCUCGGAAACGGGGUGAAGGUGGGCGGUUUUUCUCUCCAAAGGAAAAGGAUAGUCCCCAUAUGCAGGAUCCAAACCAAGCAGAUGAAGAAGCAAUGACACAGAUCAUCCGAGUGUCCUAACCCCAGGCCAUGUGAUGGAGCAGAUCAAGGUCAUGUUCCUCACCACUGUUUCCCACUGUUCCAGGAAAUUGAUCACCUCUUCCAAUGGGACACUGACGAUUACGUGCUGCCCUUUUCUACAGGACAAACCACUUAGUUUUUAAUAAGUGGCUCAGUAUUAUAAUUGCAGCGAUGUCUGGCAAAUUGAAGUCAUAAGGCUUUGUCUCGCCCUUUCAGGCAGGACCUAUUUCAGACUGUUGAUGACAUUGACAUUUCAUGGAUUAGGAUGAUGCAAGGGACCUGUGCACAUAAGUGCACACACAGCACUUAUGUUGGCUUCUGAAGCCAGCCAGCCAUCUUAGCUAGGGAGAACAACCUUCUCAACCGAGACUGAAAUCAGGGAAGCCAACGCCCACUCCUUCCCAUGGAAUCUAAGCAGCAUCCAUCCUCUGAUGGGGGAUCUCCGGCUGACUCACUGGACACUUUGUAUUCAGAGGUGGCUUCCAGGCAAGGAAGUUCCACCUUAUAACAUGGAAACAAUAAAUUCUCUGAGAUACAUUCAUCUAAUCUGUGGUAAUAAUAGGAAUCUCUGUAUACCCAGAUGAUAGGUUGGUAUUUUUGGACUCCAGCCAAGAAAAGCUAACUCUGGGGAUAGAAUGACAAAAGACUCAAGCACUAAAACUAUAAAUUGCUGAAUCUCUCUUUUUUUAAAGCUUUGGCAAGUUGUGGUUUGUCUGUCUGCUGACAGAUCAUCUGGACCAUAGUUUUUGCUUCUGCUACUUGUAA